AUGAAGUACCAAGUCUACCUCGCAGCUGCUGCGGCAGCCUUUGGCGCCGCCGAUGCCCAGUGUAACGCAAACAACUGUGCUCGAGCCGUUACGGGAACUCGUCUUGGUCCCCAGACUCAAGCUUCCCGCAGGGCCGACUGCUCAUCUUUUCAGAGGACCACUAUCACCCGUUUCGAGACGACCACCUUCGUCACUGUCACCUCUUCCGCGACUUUUGACGUCACUCGCACAUUCGCCCCUUCGACCGUGACCGUCACAACCACCGUCCCGCCAAUUAUCAUUGAUCCUUCUUUCUCAAUCGACUUCCCUGAGCCUCCUGUUGUCACCAGCUUCUCGGGCCCCGACCGGCGUGACCUUGAGAGCCGUCAACUGGUGUCCUCGGCCAUCUUCCCCCCUGUCCCAUUCUACGCUUCUGCAUGCAGCGGUGCGUCUGCAUACCGCUCUGCUUGCUCUUGCUGGGGUAUCACUGCCAGCUUCGUCACCAACAGCUUCCCGGGCACCACGACCAUCACUAUUACCGACCUUGAAUUCGAGACUAUCUCCGUCAUUGGAACUGGCGUGACGACUACUACCGUCCGCAUCACAUCUACUCCGACCAGCUUCGUCUUGCCCUCGUCCACGUCGACUGAUGACGACGUUUCCGAGACCGUGGAGCCAACUUCCUCAGAGACUGAGGGCCCCUCUUCUACCGACGCGGAGCCCUCCGUAACCUCUACAGAUGAGCCAUCGUCUACCGAGACUGAUGUACCCUCUGCUACCGAGACCGACGAGCCUUCUGCCACUUCCAGCGACGAGCCUUCCGCCACUGAGACUGAUGAGCCUUCUGCUACCUCCACUGAUGAGCCAUCGGCUACUGAGACGGACGAGCCCUCUGCCACCGAGACCGAUGAGCCCUCGGCCACCGAAACUGAUGGACCCUCCGCCACCGAGACUGACGAGCCGAUUCCCUCCACUACCGAGGUCUUCCCUACCAGCGUCCUCCCGGACCCUACAACCUUCGCCACCAGCCUUCUUCCCGCGACCUCUGAUGAACCCACUCCUACGUCCUCUGACGUUGAGCCCUCCUCCACCGCCGGCCCUGAUAUCUGCACAACCUUCGGAUCCAGAUUCCCGUACACUCCUUCCACGCUCUUGACCUUCUGCUCUUGCAGCUACAGCAACCCCACCUGUGCCGAGGGUACCAGCCAGAACCAGCGCACGCUUCCCCUCAUCCUCAGCAUCGAAAUCUGCGCCAACUCCUGCGACCUCUUCGCCAACUGCGUCGCCUUCUCUUACAACGCAGUCACCCUGGAGUGCCGUCUUCUCGACGGUGACGGCUUCGGAACCACCACCGGAUCCAGCGAUUGGGUCCUGGUCGACCGUACCAGCGGAUCUUGCAGCAGGGACACGUGCGAGCCCGGCGCGGCCUCUCCCUCACCUUCAGCUACGCCCUCGACGCUCCCUUAA